AUGCAAUCUGUUAUUACCCCAGGCUUUGUCGAAUUAAAAUCUACGUUCAAACGCGCGACCGUGUGGUACUUCAGGAAAAAUAUUGAAAACGUUAGGAGUUAUCGCGCAUUUCUCCAUUCGAUUGAGUCGGAAUUAAUAGAGAAAUUACGCGAAUGUGCGCUAAGUCAUCCGAUUAAAUAUAACCUCAAGUUAGAGACCACCUACGCAGUACCUAACGUGGAAAACAGCAACGAAAACCGUGCUUUCAAGUCAUCGGCCCGAGAGUUGUACUCGUACAGCGACGUCGAGGGUGUGGUAGAUCGCGAUUUUACGGCACUUCUCGCCGAGGAGGACGGUUACGCGGGCAAGAACAGCGGCUUUGCCCUAUCGUGCAUUGACGGGAUGCUUUUGGGGGUUUACGAGUACUCGCCCAUGGGUGGCUCGUCUACUUGCCACUCCCGCCGAGCAUCGCAGAUCGAAAGGCCGUAA